GCUGCCUGCUGGAUCUCUGCCUUUCCCUCUGUUCCUCUUUUUUUCCUCUGGAUAUGGAGAUCAAAGUCCCAGAGUCUCCCAGCAUCCAACAGCAGAUGGAGGGCUUCCACGGACUUCCUGCACGCCCAACUAAGACUCAUUACCCGAGAGCACUGCAGCUUUUGGAGUAGUUUCCUACAGAGUUCUCUCCCCACCUGUGCAGCGGGAAGUGAUACCUUUCUUGGUUAAUCCUAUAUUUGUUCUUCCUAUUGCAGCCUCGUCCUGCAUGCAGAGCUCCAGGCUUUGAACUUCAUCUCCUCCCCUUCUCUUUCACUGGUUCAGCUGUCACUCUGUCCGUCACUCUCAGGAUAUCCCCUUCCCUCUGUCUAGGGUUUCAUAAUGCAUCAGGAUCUCAUUCAGGGGCAGGGGUGCAUUUCAUCCCACUGCUUUCUCCUUGUUUGAGAGUAUGGACCAGUAAUGAAUGCUACUUCAUAGGAUCAACCAAAAGCCUGUGGUCAUGGAAAUAACAAAAGGUCACGGGCCACACAGAGCCUCACAUGUAACUUUGACAAACUAGAUUCAAAGUUAUAUUUGGGAGACGUUUUUUUUUGUAUGUGUAUUUUCUUGGAUAUAUUACAUUUACAAUCAUGGGAAAUGCAGCAGGAAGCAUGGAGGUACCCCAGGGGAAAGAGGGCAAGGCGGUGUCGGCCCCUCCAGGGUCCACGGGCUCCCAGAAUCCAUCUGCAAAACUCCCGAUGCCACCUGAAGAAGAACUCGAGCAACGCUUCAGUGCAGUGCUGAACACAAUGAAUCUUCCUCCAGAUAAGGUGAAGAUCCUCAGCCAGUAUGACAACGAGAAGAAGUGGGAUCUGAUCUGUGACCAGGAGCGCUUUCAAGUGAAGAAUCCUCCAUCUGCUUAUUUGGAGAAGCUGAAGAGUUAUCUGGAUCAUGGCGGAGUCAGUCGUAAGUUUAAGAGACGUGUGCAGGAAUCCACUCAGAUCCUGAGAGAGUUGGAGAUUUCCCUGAGGACCAAUUACAUCGGCUGGGCUCAGGAGUUCCUAAAUGAAGAGAACCAAGGCUUGGAUGUUCUUGUGGAUUAUCUGUCCUUUGCCCACAGUGCUGUCACAUAUGAUGUGGACAAUUUGGACAAUGGAGUGCUGCCCACAGACAAAAGCAAAAUAGUGGACAAGUCAGUGGAGGAUCUGAGCAGAAGUGCCAGCAACUCCCCCACUCACAGCGCCUCCAAGGCCAGCAAGGGCUUCACAGUCAGAUUCAACUCUCUCCAACACAGGAAAGCCCUGAGGAACUCUCGUGUUGUGCAGACAGAUGACGUCCAUCUCUGCAUCAUGUGUUUACGUGCCAUCAUGAACUAUCAGUCUGGGUUCAACCUGGUGAUGAAGCAUCCCUGCUGUGUCAACGAGAUCACGCUCAGCCUCAACAACAGGAACCCACGGACCAAGGCUCUGGUGCUGGAGCUGCUGGCUGCUGUGUGUUUGGUGCGAGGAGGCCAUGACAUCAUCCUCUCCGCCUUCGACAACUUCAAAGAGGUGUGUGGAGAGAAGAGUCGCUUUGAGAAGCUCAUGGAGUAUUUCUGCCAUGAGGACAGCAACAUCGACUUCAUGGUGGCCUGUAUGCAGUUCAUCAACAUCGUGGUGCACUCAGUGGAGAACAUGAACUUCAGGGUCCACCUGCAGUACGAGUUCACCCGCCACGGGCUGGAUGAAUACCUGGAGAAGUUGAAGUUCACGGAGAGCGACCGGCUGCUGGUGCAGAUCCAGGCCUAUCUGGACAAUGUGUUUGAUGUGGGGGCGCUGCUGGAGGACGCAGAGACCAAGAACGCUCUGCUGGAGCACAUGGAGGAGCUGCAGGAGCACAACACACAGUUGAGCUCCAGGCUUGAGGAGAGUGAGAGGGAGGCGAUGGAGAAAAUGUCAGAAAUGGAGAAGAAGCUCAUUCAGACCACGAAAGAAGUGGAGCUCUUAAAGGAGGGUCUGCGUGAGUCCUGCUCCCAGGUGAUCGUCCUGCAGCAGCGAGAGCGAGAGAGAGACAUAGAACGUGAGAGGGAAAGAGAGAUAGAGCGAGACAAGGAUCUCUCCACCCAGGCCCUGAGGGAGCUGGAGGUCAAAGUUCAGGCUCUGGUGGAGCAGGGGCGGGUCCAAAUGAAGCGGUCCUCCUCUGGACAGCUGGACGUCCAGGUGGUCCCCAUCAUCCAGCACGUGAUUCAGAAAGCUAAAGAAGAAGCAGACUCAGGUGAAGACCCCUCAGCCUCCCCCCCCUCCUCAGACCCUCAGCCUCCCCCCUCUGAGGAUGCUCUGCAGGCUGCAGUUCCUGCUCCUCCACCUCCUCCACCUCCACCUCCAGGCUUAACUGGAACUCCUCCUCCACCUCCUCCUCCUCCACCUCCUCCUCCUCCUCCUCCUCCUCCACCAUCAGCACCCUCACCCCCCCUGCUGCCUCCUGGAGGUGGUACGACCCAGCUGUCUCUGACUGAUGGGAGCUCAGGUUGUAAAAAGAAGAAGCCGAUUGAAACCAAAUACCGCAUGCCUCUGCUGAACUGGCAGGCCCUGAAAUCCAGCCAGGUGGCAGGAACCAUCUUCAACGAGCUGGACGACGAGCACGUCUUAGAGGAGCUGAACAUGGCGUGUUUUGAGGAGCAGUUCAAGACGAAGGCCCAGUCCAGCCCUCUGGAGAUGGGGACCAUCAAGAUGAAGCUGUCCCACAAGACCCCCAGUAAGGUUUCUCUAAUGGAGCCCAACAGGGCCAAGAACCUGGCCAUCACCCUGCGCAAGGAAGGGAUGGCUGCCUCCGAUAUCUGCUGUGCAAUCGAGACGUACAACCAGAGAGCUCUGAGCCUGGACUUCCUGGAGCUCCUGGAGCGUUUCAUCCCCACAGAGUACGAAAUGAAGCUCAUCCACAACUACGAGUGUGAGGGCAGGCCCCUGGACGAGCUCAGCGAGGAGGACCGCUUCAUGGUGCGCUUCAGCAAGAUCCCGCGGCUCUCCCAGCGCAUCAGCACUCUCACCUUCAUGGGAAACUUCCCCGAGAGCGUGCAGCUGAUUCAGCCGCAACUGAACGCCAUCAUCGCGGCCUCCAUGUCGAUCAAAUCUUCCAGCAAGCUGAAGAAAAUCCUUGAGAUCAUCUUAGCGUUUGGAAACUACAUGAACAGCAGCAAGCGCGAGGCAGCGUACGGCUUCCGUCUGCAGAGUUUAGAUUUGCUGUUGGACACCAAAUCCACAGACCGAAAGCAGACGUUGUUGCACUUCAUCGUCAGCAUCAUCCAGGAGAAGUACCCGCAGCUCCAGUCCUUCUACACAGAGCUGCACUUCCUGGACAAGGCGGCACUCGUUUCUCUUGACAGCAUCCUGCAGGAUGUGCGCGCUCUGGAGCGAGGCACGGAGGCCGCCAGGAGGGAGUUCUCUGUGGAGAAAGACAACCCUGUGCUGCAGGCGUUCCUCAGCAGCAACACUGAGCUGCUCCAAUCCCUUAUCGGUGAUGGAAAAACUGCCCAGGAUGUGUAUGACUCUGCCGUGGAGUACUUUGGAGAGAACUCUAAAACCACGCCGCCCUCCACGUUCUUCCCUGUGUUUGUCAGGUUCAUCAAAGCAUACAAGCAAGCGGAGCAGGAGAACGAGCAGAGGAAGAAACACCAUGUGCUGAACUGUGACGCUCCAACAACUCCACCCAAACCUGAAGUCAUGGGGAAUAAGGUAUCAAUGGCGUCCAAACUGCCGCAGAUGGACCUGAUAGCAGAGCUGAAGAAGAGGCAGGUGUCUCCUCUGGUGAGGGAGGGGAAGGACGGGGCCAUAGAGGACAUCAUCACAGAUUUAAGGAACCAGCCGUACAGACGGGCAGACGCCGGCCGACGCAGCGCCAAGUGGAAACCAGGACAACAGCUCCACGUGUCCUCAGACAUCUCGCUCUGAAAAAACACUGCACACACUGACAGCUUCAAGUAGAAAAGCACAAAAAGGAUCAGAUGUUAAACUCACCGGGGCAACCAUCUUUCUCCCUCAUGCAUGUUGAGGAAUGCAGAGGUGACUGAUAAUGCAUGUGAAGCUGUUCCCUCACACACACACACACACACACACACACACACACACACACACACACACACACACACACACACACACACACACACACACACACACACACACACACACACACACACACACACACACACACACAGACACACACACA